CGUUGCCUGCCUGUCCGUUCCUCUUCGAUCACCACCGCCUGCUUCAAUCAUUCCACUCCAUUGCACAAGAGCAACUUGGGCUUGUGGGCUGCAUCCUCUCUGUUUACUUGCUCAGACUUUGCUAUCUUCUAUUUCCACCCCCAAGGAGGUCCUCCAAUUGGGCAAACAUGGUGCGGCUCUCCUUUCAAUUGGCUGUCAGCGCUGGAUUGUUAACCUUUCCCCUCGAGGUCGAUAGGCGGCUGCUCAGGUCAUCUCGAAUUCUGGACAUGAUGAUAUGAUUCACGAUGCUGGUCUGGAUUAUUACGGUCGACGAUUGGCAACAUGCUCGUCGGAUAAGACAAUAAAGAUAUUCGAAAUUGAAGGCGAGACGCACCGACUAAUUGAAACACUGAAAGGACACGAAGGUGCUGUGUGGUGUGUCGCAUGGGCCCACCCUAAAUUCGGCACUAUCCUGGCUUCUUCUUCGUACGAUGGAAAGGUGCUCAUCUGGCGCGAACAGCAUCAAAACUCGACUUCCCCUGUGGCCGGCAGCUCCUGGACCAAAGUUUUUGACUUCUCUCUCCAUACCGCGUCGGUGAACAUGGUCUCCUGGGCUCCCCACGAGAGCGGAUGCUUGCUUGCUUGCGCUUCCUCGGACGGCCACGUCAGUGUUCUGGAAUUCCGCGAUAACAGCUGGACUCACCAGAUCUUCCACGCUCAUGGAAUGGGUGUGAAUUCGAUCAGCUGGGCCCCUGCGACGUCUCCUGGCAGCUUGAUCAGCUCAAAUCCCGGACCCGGCCAGCAGCGGAGAUUUGUCACUGGCGGUAGUGAUAACCUACUCAAGAUCUGGGACUACAGCCCGGAAACAAAAAGCUACAACCUCACUCAGACCUUGGAGGGUCACUCGGACUGGGUUCGAGACGUUGCUUGGUCGCCGAGUAUCCUGUCCAAAUCCUACAUCGCAUCCGCUUCGCAAGACAAAACCGUUCGGAUCUGGACUUCCGACGCAUCAAACCCGGGCCAGUGGACUAGCCAGCAACUCGAGUUUGACACUGUCCUCUGGAGAGUCAGCUGGAGCCCCAGCGGAAAUAUUCUUGCCGUAGGCGGAGGCGACAAUAAGGUUAGCUUGUGGAAAGAGAACCUCAAGGGACAAUGGGAGAAGGUAAAGGACAUUGAGGAGUAGACUUUUUUUGCUCUUUUCUCUUUAGUUUCAUUCCCGAUCAUGCUAUGUGUCUUCAAAAAUAAGAAUUGCCCUUUCGAAAGCCAUUUUUCAUGUUCAAGAUAGGGGUGGUCUAGCUUGUAUGAAUAAUUCCGUAUCCUCC